AUGUCAGAUAGUCAAGAAAAACAAUUUAUCUCUGAAGAUGCUAAUGGUACCUCAGAACCAGUCAUUCAAGAAGCUGACAGUGGUAUCCCAGCAGUUAAAAAAUCAAAAGACAGUAAUAAUGAAGCUGUUAAUACAUCUGAAGUAGCAACUGAUGAAGAAGAGGAUAAACCACGUAAAAUUCCUAAGAAAAAAGAAAUUGAUGAAGAAGACAAUGAUGGUGAUGAUGGUGUUUCAGAUGAGGAACAAGAAGAUGAAGAGAGUGAUAAUGAGGAUGAGGAAGAUGAAAAUGCUACUGAUGAUAAAGAUGAUAGCAAGGAUAAUGGAUCUGAGGAAGAAGCUACUGACGAAGGUUCAGAGUCAGAUUAA